CGGUUCUUCAGAAACCGGUGGAGACGAACCGUGUAUCUCUGCAGCCGCAGGCGAAGCAACUCCGCCCAGAGCCAGGCAGAAUGACACAGCAAGGAGCGGCGCUGCAGACAUACAACAACGAGCUGGUCAAGUGCAUCGAGGAGCUGUGCUCCAAGCGCGAGGAGCUCAACCGGCAGAUCCUGCAGGAGGAGGAGGAGAAGACGAAGCUGCAGAACGACAUCCGCAUCCUGACGGAGAAGCUGAGCCGCGUCAACGAGAGCCUGGCGCGCAAGCUGGCAUCACGCAAUGACUUCGACCGCACCAUCGCUGAGACCGAGGCAGCCUACAUGAAGAUCCUGGAGAGCUCUCAGACGCUGCUGAACGUGCUGAAGAGGGAGGCAGGGAGUCUGAGCAAAGGCACCUUGAGCCACAGCGCCCACAAGGACUCCUGAGAGACCCAGACCCCCCCCCCCCCCCCCCCACACACACACACACACACACGCUGCUGACCAACCCAGAGCCCCCCCACACACACGCUGCUGACCAGCCCAGAGCCCCCCACACACACACGCUGCUGACCAGCCCAGAGCCCCCCACACACACACGCUGCUGACCAGCCCAGAGCCCCCCCACACACACACUGCUGACCAGCCCAGAGCCCCCCCCACACACGCCACACACACACACUGCUGACCAGUCCAGAGCCCCCCCACUCACACACACUGCUGACCAGUCCAGAACCCCCCCCCCACACGCCACACACACACACUGCUGACCAGUCCAGAGCCCCCCCACUCACACACACUGCUGACCAGUCCAGAGCCCCCCCUACACACACACACGCUGCUGACCAAUCCAGAGCCCCCCCCCACACACACACACUCACACUGCUGACCAGUCCAGAGCCCCCCCCCACACACACACACACACACUGCUGACCAGUCCAGAGCCCCCCACACACACACACUGCUGACCAGCCCAGAGCCCCCCCACACACACACUGCUGACCAGCCCAGAGCCCCCCCCCACACACACACACUGCUGACCAGCCCAGAGCCCCCCCCACACACACACACACACACACACACACACACACACUGCUGACCAGUCCAGCACAGGGACUGGGCUCCUGCCCCAGCACUGAGACACCCAGGAAAACCACCCACUGUAUUAAAUGAUACACGCUGUCCACCCCCUGAAUAAACAAGCACAGGAAUACAAAUAUUAAACAUAAUCAUAAUAAUAAUAAUAAUAAUAAUAAUAAUAAUAAUAAUGGGGUUUACACUUUACUUGGAGUGCCGUGUUUUCAAACCUGUGAUGUUUUUUUCCUUUUUAUAAUCAGUCUAUUUUAAUAAAACAUACAUGUUAGAAAUA